AUGAUUCACCUCGGACACCAAUUUCUCGGAAGAGGGUGCAGAAUUCAAAAGAUUCGCCUUGGGAACCUGUUUGUCCGCAUGACGCGGAGCACAUCACACCUUGACGACUAUCUGGACGUUUUCGUACUCGUCGUUGUUUCCAGGAAGUCGAAGACCAACCCCAACAACAAGCUGAGUCAUCAGUUUCUUGCAAGGCAUAGGGACUGGCGGCUCUGCGGAAUGGGCCAUGUGUUCCUGUGGCUUCAUUUCAUCAACGACCUCGUUCCUCUGCGCUACGGCCCCGGUAUCGUCGAGCCUCUCGACUUUUCUGAACCGAUCUUGUGGACUAAAGCGCACCUCUUCUUUUCUUUGAAGAAGGGCGACCAGGGAAAGCAGAAGCAAGACGAGAUGCACUACAAAACGCAUAACACCUGGAUUAAGUGGGCUAUGACGAAGGCGAGAUGGAUUCUGAGCAAGGUGACACAUGCAUUCCGCAGAUCCGGAGCGCAACAACUCCAUGACGACGGUUGCUCCGACAACGAUAUCGGCACUCUGGGCGGAUGGGCGCAGGGGGAGUUGCGGAGGUGUUAUGUGUUCGGCCUUUCGUUCAAGCCGGUUUGGCUGCUGGCAGGAUUUAGCGGGGAUCGUGGAGACUACUACAUCGGCAGAGCCCGCUCCAAGCUUCCGCGGCAUAAGGAUAAGGAGAAGGAUGAGUGGUUGCAGCUCUUGGAUCUCUUGAGGCUUCACAUUUUCCCCUGGGUCGAAGAGGGUUGGAAGAAGAUGAGCCCCUUGUGCAACCACCCGCUGUUCCAAAAGUGGGCGUACCUGGUCGCUAUCUCUCACUUCCAGGGCGAGAAGCUUCGGGCAACCGGCCAAACCAUCGCCAAAGCAGACGCUAUCUUUCGCACGACCGCAGAUGAGAAGAUGCAGAAGAUGCACCUCACCACCAAUAUGCUCAGGGAGGAGCUUGGGAUUUUGAGAGGACGUGAAAUGCAGUUGGCGAUGGAGAACGCUGAACUGAGGGAGAAACUCGCCGCUGAGCGAGAGGACAAGGCUCAGGUCAUCGCAGAGUUCGAAGCAUACAAGAAGUCUGUUGCGGCCAGGGAUGACGCGGCAAACACCUCUGCAGAGAUCGACGGAUCGUCGAAGAGCGCGGGAACAAGAGCAAACCAGGCAACGGACGCAUCCAAAGCACCAGUUGCCGUGGAAGAAUUCUUCGUCGUGGUCGUUGUGUCUUGGCGCGAAGCCACCACUAUUGCUGCUGCCUGGAAAGUGUGGGUGCAGCCAAGCCUCAUCAUGGGCGGCAGGUCACUGCGCGAAGUCUUUGCAGAGUUCGACCGGUAUAAGAAGAAGGACAAGAAUUCUAGCUUCAUCACCGCAUAUUCCCGGUUCGCUGACAAAGGUACGCCCGGGAUGGCUGUGGGUGCAUGCGAGCGAAAGAUGCGUCGCGUGCAUCGUGUCAUGGUUUUCGUGGAGACGCUAAGAAAAGACAGCUCCGAGGCGGCGACCGCAACGGCCAUUAAGCUGCUGGACGAGGUUUUACUCGUGUGCAACUUCACGGAAUUUACCAACGGCCUGGCGGUGCUGCAUGAGACUCCACCCAUCAAGAAACAGAAGACCGGUUCGUCGAUGGAAAAGAGGACCGUCAACGACUUGGCGCAACGUAGAGUGGGCUGGCUGUUAGUCAAGAAGGGCCUUCGCGACCAGGAGUGGGCAACUUCGCUGUUUGGGGAUGAUGAGUGGGAGGAGAUCCACAAGGAACACAUGGCGCAGGAGAAGGCGGAAGAGGAGAAACAACGAACCGCUGCGGCGAAGAAGGCGGAACGGGAAAAGGCGAAGGGCGAAGCGUCGAAACGCUAG